ACGUAACGUGAUCGCCAUUACGUGGCAGUAGGCCACAGCUUGUGCAUAUUCAUACAUUAUUGUGGUUCUUCUCUCGAUUUUAAAUUUACCAUGGCGAAAGACAAAAUCGCGGAUAACCAAACAGACAAGAAAAGUAAAGAAGUAAACCACGAAGCUAAUGGACGGUCUUGCAUGGGUAUUUGUACUGUUGUGUUAUUAGUAAUAGUUGGAUUGUUUGCUGCUACAGUCUUAUUAGUACCAUCGCCUAUCGACCCAAAACCUUUUAGCUUGCCAGAGCCUUUGCCGAAGUUAGAAGGUCCUUUGGAGCAAAAUGAAGAGCUAAGGAAAACAGAAAGAUUAUAUAAAGGACAAAUAGCCGGCCCAGAAUCCAUUGCCAUUGACUCUGAAGGAACUGUAUACACAGGUCUUGCAGAUGGAAGGAUUGUGAAAUUUGUAGAUGGAAAAAUUGUUGAUGUCGCAAGGACUGGCAAACCACCCUGUGAUUUACCAGAACUAGAAUCCACUUGUGGUCGACCACUUGGCAUGAGGUUUAACAGAUAUGGGACCAAAUUAAUUGUUGCUGAUGCAUAUUAUGGGUUACUGGAGGUUGAUGUCUUAUCUGGAAGUACAAGUACUCUUGUGCCGCCAACACCUGGAGUCCAUGGGGACCCAUUUAAAUUCUUUAAUGACUUAGACAUUGAUCGUAAAGGAACAAUAUACUUUACUGAUUCUAGCACAAAAUGGCAGAGAAAAGAUAACAGAUUUGCAAUCUUGGAAGGAGAUGCUACUGGACGCCUCAUGGCAUACCAUAAGACAGGAGAACUAGAAGUCCUCGUAUCUGGUCUUCAUUUUGCUAAUGGUGUACAGAUAACCACAGAAGGAGAUGCUGUCCUGGUGGCAGAAACAGCAUUGUCAAGGAUCCUCAAGUAUUACAUUAAAGGUCCAGAUGAAGGCAAAACUGAGGUUUUCAUGGAUAAUCUUCCUGGUUUACCUGACAACAUACGUCAAAGCAGUAAUGGUGGUUAUUGGAUUGGUUUCAGUGGUGUAAGGAAGGCACCAUUUUCAAUGUUAGAUAUGCUUGCCCCCAAACCACUGCUGAGGAAAAUUAUUGCAAAGUUAAUACCUCAAGAAUGGAUAAUAAAGUUAGUUCCAAAGUAUGGUUUGAUCCUUGAAGUGAGUGACGCUGGUAGAAUUCUAAGGAGCUUCCACGAUCCUGGUGGUCAAGUUGUUUCAUCUGCUAGUGAAGUACAUGAGGAAAAUGGUGUCCUAUAUAUUGGUUCAUACUUUGAUACUUUCCUUGGCAAACUCAAGUUAUGAAAAAAGUUUUUAAACAUUAGUUAAUAACUAAUUAAUUUCGUUUUUUUUUUUUUACAGUAACGUUUAUAAUUUUAUUAAAAUAACAAUCUUGUAAUGAAGGUACCCAGGCCUGUAGGCUAGGAGGGUGCAGGGUGCAUUCACAACCCCCCCCCCCCACUCAUCUCCUAGUAUGCUGUGACAAGUAAUGGAAAACUUUACAGUUAAAUUACUAAUGUAUGAUCUGUUCAAGAAUCCAGUGUGCUUUUGAACAUAGUGCAGGUUGUGUGUACUAUUUGCUUACUAAUUCCUUAUAUAUUCAUGGUACUGCUAGAAGAACUGCAACAUCACUGUCAUUAAGAUGGACAGAGUUUAUACAAAAUACAGUCAGUAUUAAAGUAUUCCAUAUGAGAAAUUGCAGAAGAGACAAUUUCUGUGCAUCUUUUUGGGACCACUGGCAUUACUAACCCAAAAUAAAUAAAUAAACUAAAUAAAUAAACUUUUGAUUUAUAAUCAAUAACAAGAUUAAUAAUAAUUGAAUAUAACAGAAUCAAUGACAAAUUUCAAACGUCUUCUAAUAACAAAAAUCCAUUUACAGUACACCAAAAAAAAAAC